AUAGGCACGUCAGCUAUCUGGCAUCAGGAGGUACGGGGGAAGAAAGAAAAAAGUGGUCUAGUCAACCGCCCACCGCAGGAGACUGGGGGAUGUUCCACCGCCCUGGAUUUACAACCAUUUCAAGGAUAUUUGAACACAAAGAAGAAAUUUUGGGGGGGAUUUGGGAUUUCUAAACACAAUAUCGGAAUAGACUUUCAUCCGGAAACCCUGACGGUCAACUGACGUUUUAGCCCACAUGAUUCAGCGGCCGUUUUACCUGAGUAGCUGAAGAAUCAAGGAACAAACAAUGGAUCAAAACUUAUUUGGAGGAGUCCCCAGGUUUCUCACCCGCCCAAAGGCAUUCUCGGUGUGUGUAGGCAAGGAUGCGACACUGAGCUGCACCAUCGUCGGCAGCCCGACCCCACGGAUCACCUGGGAAAAGGACAAGCUGAAUCUGACAUCUGGGGGGCGCUUCAAGACAGUGGAGGAUGGGAAUGUGUACCGCCUAACCAUUUAUGACUUAACCCUGGAAGACAGUGGCCAGUACAUGUGCCGGGCCAAAAACAGCGUUGGGGAAGCUUAUGCUGCUGUAACCCUGAAAGUGGCCCUGCCAACAGAAAUGGCUCAGAGGGCGCCUGUUUUCAUGGUUAAGCCUACCUCUGCACGUGUAGGUUUGGGAGGCGAUGUUGUUUUCCACUGCCGGGUUGCAGCUUACCCUGAAACCAACUUUGAUUGGGAGAAAGACGGGCGCUACUUGGGGGAGACUAACCGUAUCAAGAUUGUUUCCAACAGUGACAGCAGCACCUUAAAGAUCCAAAGUGUACGUAACCUAGACAGCGGCACCUACACCUGCAGGGCCCAGAACGCUGUUGGCCGAUCACACGCUGCAGCAGCUCUCGUUGUGGAUGCCCAGGAUUCCCACCACCUGGUUGCAGACAAGCACACCUCCCUCCUCUCUCACCUACAGAAGCGCAAAGAGGAAAUGAAGAAGGAUAUCGCUAUCUAUCGCACUGAAGAAAGCAACUCCUCUGUUUCUUCCUCCUCCACAGUCAACAUCAGAGAUGGUUUGAGUUCUCUGAGUCUGGAACAUGAGCUGAGGGCAUCUGUGCUGGCAAAGCUGCCCAAAGGUGUGUUCACCCGCACCUGCACAGUGACUGAAGGCAAACAUGCCAAACUCAGCUGCUUUGUGACGGGUCACCCUAAACCCCACAUUAUCUGGAGGAAGGAUGGAACAAACAUCAGCGAGGGCCGCAGGCAUGUCAUUUAUGAGGACCAAGCUGAGAACUUCAUCCUCAAGAUCCUGUACUGCAAGCAGAGUGAUAAUGGUCUCUACACCUGUAAUGCCACCAAUAUGGCUGGGCAGACUUACAGCGCUGUGUUGGUAACAGUCAAAGAACCUAAGGUGCCAUUCAAGAGGAAGCUUCAGGACGUGGAGGUGCAAGAGAAAAUGUCAGCCAUGCUGAUGUGCGAGGUGCCUCUUAGUGCCACCCAGGCCAACUGGUUCAUGGAGGAAACACGGCUGGAGCAAAAUACCAAAUAUCGCAUGGAGCAGGAAGGCACACUACGUUGUCUCACCAUACACAAUGUCACCACUAAUGACGAUGGUGUUUAUAUCUGCGAGAUGAAAGAGGGCAGUCGCACUGUGGCUGAGCUCACUGUCCUGGGCAACAUUACAAAGAAGCUUCCUCGGAGGACAAUAGUUCCUGUCAGUGACACUGUCAUCUUUUGCGUGGAGCUGGAGCAUCCCUGCCCGGACGCCUACUGGACCCGUAAAGGCGAAAAGCUGAAGGAAGAUUCCCGUAUUUCCAUUGCCUGCACGCUCAGACAGUACACACUCACAAUUAGAGAUUGCCAGGCAGAAGACUCCGGAGAAGUGGCCUUUGUGGCAGGAGACUGCAAGACUUCCACUCGAUUCUCUGUCACUGCUGCAAGGAAGCAUCCUCCCGAUCCCCCAGUCGAUGCUGUGGUGCAGAACAAGACUGAAUCAUCCAUCACCAUUCAGUGGUCUCCUCCUGAUAGCGACCGCCCUGUGCCCAUCAAGGGCUACAUUGUGGAGAAGAGAAAGGUUGGUGCUCAGACAUGGCAGAGGUGCAAUGCUGGAGAAACCAUUGUUUCAACAGAGAUCACCAUCUGCAACUUCACCGAAGAAGCCAGCUACCAAUUCCGUAUCUCUGCUAUGAAUGACUUUGGCCAGAGUCCCUACCUGGAGGUGCCUGGAAGCUUCUACCUAGAACCCAUUGCUGAAAUCAGGAAAGGUCUGAUGAACAGCACUGCUAUCAUUGGUGAGGAGUUCUCUAUCUCCGUGGAGCUGUCUGCUGUUUGUUCUGGCUUCUGGUCUCUAAAUGGCCGCCUCCUGCGCAGUGGCGCCGACUACCUCAUCACCAGGUCCAAGAACACACAUACUCUGCUCAUCCGUGUCGUGACCAUGGAAAUGAACGGAACUGAAGUGAAGUUUGUGGGUGGAGGCUCGCAAAGCACUUGCAUCCUAUCUGUGAAGGUUCCUCCUGUUAGGUUCACUAACAAGUCAGAUCUGCUGGAGGUGAUCACCUGCAGUGCCCAAGCCACUGCUCAGCUGACUGCUGAGGUGUCGGAUUAUGAUGCACAGGUGGUUUGGAUGAGGAAUGGGCGGGAGGUGAAAAUGGGAAAAAAGUAUGAAUAUGUGAUCGUGGACCGCAAGAGGAUCCUGAUGGUACACAAUGUUACAGAGGAAGACGUGGGCAUCUACGAGUGUGUUUUAGCUGACGACAGAAUGCCCCUGAAGCUCACCCUUAAAGAUGAACCUGCCAAGUUCCUGAACAAAGCCAGAGGUCCCAUGGGUUUGUCAUCGUUACUUAAAGGAGAUCUUGAGCUGAGCUGUGAGGUAUCUCCUGCCAGUGCGGCCGUUGUGUGGAGAAAAGAUCAAGUGGAGCUCACUGAGGACCAAAGAGUUACCUUCAUCUCCAAAGGGACUCAAAGGAAACUCAUCAUCAAGCAUGCCAAGAAAAGUGAUGAAGGACAUUACUCCUGUGAGACAGCAGCAGACAAAGUCACAUUCCAGGUCAAGAUAAAAGAAACUCAAGCCGUAGCUGCCUUCUCCAACAAGGAGUCGGUCCAGAAAGAGGUAAAAGCGACUCUCUCCCAGAAAGCCACUCUUAGUUGCAAUGUCUCGGAUAGUAAGACAGAGGUGAAAUGGUACAAGGAUGGCAAGUUGUUGGUAUCCAGUAGGACGAUUUACUCAGAAGUAAAAGGCAGUACUCGUCAGCUGGUGAUAGAAAAGGUGGAGAAGAGUGAUGCUGGAGAGUAUACAUGCGAAGCUGGAGGGGAUAAGCUGGUCUUCAACAUAUUUGUGUCAGAGGCCCAGUCAGCUUUCUUUAACAAGGAGUCUGUCCAGAAGGACGUGAAAGCUACUCUCUCCCAGAAAGCCACUCUGAGCUGUGAGGUAGCUGAUACCAAGACAGAGGUGAAAUGGUACAAGGAUGGCAAGAUGCUGACCUCCAGCAAGACCAUCCAUACUGAGUCAAAGGGCAAGAGUCGCCAGCUGGUGAUCGACAGCGUAGAGAAAAAGGAUGCUGGAGAGUACCUCUGUGAGGCUGGGACUGAGAAGCUGGCCUUCAAACUCCUGGUAGCAGACACACAACUCCAGUCUGCAUUCUCUAACAAGGAGUCUGUCCAGAAGGACGUGAAAGCUACUCUCUCCCAGAAAGCCACUCUGAGCUGUGAAGUAGCUGAUACCAAGACAGAGGUGAAAUGGUACAAGGAUGGCAAACUGCUGACCUCCAGCAAGACAAUACAUGCAGAGUCAAAGGGCAAGAGUCGCCAGCUGGUCAUAGACAGUGUUGAAAAGAAGGAUGCUGGAGAGUACCUCUGUGAGGCUGGGACUGAGAAGCUGCUGUUUAAAGUACACGUGGAAGUUACUUCUACAGAAAUCCAGGCUAAAUCCGCUUUCCUCAACAAAGAGUCUGUUCAGAGGGAAGUGAAAGCUACUCUCUCCCAGAAAGCCACCCUGAGCUGUGAGGUAGUUGAUAACAAGACAGACGCGAAAUGGUACAAGGAUGGCAAGCUGCUGACUUCCAGCAAGACCAUACAUGCAGAGUCAAAGGGCAAGAUUCGUCAACUGGUGAUCGACAGCGUAGAGAAGAAAGACAUUGGAGAGUACAUCUGUGAAGUUGGAACUGAAAAAUUGUCAUUUAAAGUGCAGGCAACAGAGAUCCAACUGAAGUCAGCCUUCUCUAACAAGGAGUCAGUCCAGAAGGAGGUGAAAGCCACUCUCUCCCAGAAAGCCACUCUAAGCUGUGAGGUAGCUGAUACCAAGACAGAGGUGAAAUGGUACAAGGAUGGCAAACUGCUGACCUCCAGCAAGACCAUCCAUGCAGAGUCAAAGGGCAAGAGUCGCCAGCUGGUGAUUGACAGUGUGGAGAAGAAGGAUGCUGGAGAGUACAUCUGUGAGGCUGGGACUGAGAAGCUGGCUUUUAAGAUACAGGUGGCAGAAGCCCCACCUGGCUUCUCUAAUAAGGAGUCUGUCCAGAAGGAGGUGAAAGCUACUCUCUCGCAGAAAGCCACCCUGAGCUGUGAGGUGUCUGAUUCCAGGAGCGAGGUGAAGUGGUACAAGGAUGGCAAGCUGUUGACUUCCAGCAAAGCAGUCCACACAGAGACAAAGGGCAAGCUUCGUGAGCUGGUGAUAGAAAAAAUGGAGAAAAAAGAUGCUGGAGAGUACACAUGUGAGGCUGGAAUGGAGAAGCUGGUGUUUAAGCUGCAGAGUACAGAUGCAGCUGUCAAGUUCCAGAAGAAGCUUGUCAAGGACACAUGUAUUGUUCAAGCAAGUAAAAACAUUGUUUUGACCACUGAGCUGACCGCAGAGAGUGGUAGUGUGAAGUGGUUUAGAGAUGGUGUGGAGCUCAAGGAGGGCAGCAAGUAUGAAAUGAAAAAAGAUGGCCUUUCUCGUACCCUGAUAGUAAAAUCCACCGAAUCCAAAGACAGUGGAUCAUACUCCUGUCAAACUGCUGACGACAAGCUGGAGUUCAAAGUUCAAGUUAAAGAUUCAGCCUUAAAGUUUGUUGUCCCUUUGAAACCUGCUACCGUGGAGUUGGGAGGUACACUAAGCCUGGUGUGUGAACUAAAUCAAGCCUCAGGAGAUGUUGUCUGGCAGCAUGAUGGUCAUGAGAUUAAACCUGGAGGCAGGUACUGUGUCAGGACAGAUGGUGCAAAGCGGGUUCUCUCUGUGACUGGCAUGACUAAAGAAGAUGAAGGAGAAUACAGCUGUGGCUGUAGAAAUGACAAGACCUCUGUUAAAGUGUCCUCAAAAGCACCCAGACUAGUGAGGCUGACCACCAAACUGAACAAUGUGGCUGCAAUGGAGGGAAAGGAUGCCAUUUUCAAGUGUGCUGUCAACCCAGCGGACGUCAGCAUUAAAUGGUUCCACAACAGUAUACCCAUCACUGCUGGGCCCAAGUAUAAGAUUGAGCAUGGUGGCAGCAGUCACUCACUCACCAUCACCUCUGUUAACCAAAAAGAUGCUGGAGAGAUUAGCGUUGACGCAGAAGGCAAAAGCUGCAACGCUACCCUACAAGUGCAACAUGAGCCUGUGACAUUUAAGAAAAAGCUAGAAAACCUGACCGUGGAGGAGCAGAGUGAAGUGAAGCUGGAGGUGGAGCUCAGUAAGGCAUCAGCCGAAGUGAGGUGGAUGAAGAACAGUGUAGUGCUGCAGCCGGCAGGAAACAUGGAGAUUCGAGUAGACGGAGCUAAGCAGGCUCUGGUUUUCAAGAGUGUGACUUACGCUGACCGGGGCAUCUACUCCUGUGAAACUCUGGAUGACAAAACCCACGCCAAACUCAGUGUGGAGAUGAAAAAGAUCCAGGUAAUAAAGGGCCUAACAGAAACCCAGGCGCAUGAGACAGAGACAGUGACUCUUGAAGUAGAACUCAGCCAGGCUGAUGUUGAAGGCUCCUGGACCAGGGAUGGGGCCAAGUUAAAGUCAGGGGCGAACUGCCGUAUCACAGCCCUUGGAAAAAAGCAUGCCUUAACGUUGUCCAAUCUCAAGAGGGAAGAUGCAGGAACUAUUGCUUUCCAAGCAGAAGGAGUACAUUCUUCUGGCAAACUGAUUGUCACAGAACCUCCUGCUAUGAUCUCCAAGCCCAUUAUGGAUGUCAGUGUGCCUGAGAAGGAGAAGGUUACCUUUGAAUGUGAAGUGUCUCGAACAAAUGCAGACGUUAAGUGGUUCAAGAAUGAUGUGGAACUGAAACCAGGGAAAAACUUUGGCAUUCAUUCCUUGGGCCGAAAGCGCACUUUGGUCAUCAACAAGUGCACCCCUGAAGAUGCUGGCACUUACAUCUGUCGCACUGCUGACGAUAACACCUCUGCCAAGCUCACUGUUAAUGCCAGAGAUGUUAAAAUUGUUAAGAAGCUGGAGGAUGUGGAGGUGAUGGAGAAGGAGAGUGCUGCGUUCGUUUGUGAAAUCUCACACGAUGACGUGGACUACCAGUGGUACAAAGGAAGUAUCAAACUCAAAGUCGGUGACAACAUCAAGAUGAGACAAGAGGGCAGAACCUAUGUACUACUGUUUAAAUCUGUUACCCCAGAAGAUAUGGGUGAGAUUAAAUUCACAGCUGAGAAGGCCUCUUCAACUGCAAAACUUAAAGUGAAAGAGCUGCCUGUCAAGUUUGUGAAGAGACUCAGGGAUAAGAUAGCGAUGUUUAAGCAUCGUGGUCAUCUUGAAUGCCAAGUGUCACGUGCCAGCGCAAAGGUGAAGUGGUACAAGAACAAGUUGGAGAUCCAACCCAGCAAGAAGUACGAGAUCAAAAGUGAAGACGUGUACCGAAAACUCACCAUUAACGAUGUGGAGUCCGGAGAUGAAGACACGUAUACAUGUGAUGCCAUUGAUGACAAGACUUCCUGUAAACUACUUGUGGAAGAGCAGUCCAUUAGCAUUGUGCGGGAGCUUAGUUCAGUAGAAGUGACAGAACCAUUUGCAGCUGUUUUUGAAGUUGAAAUCAGUGUGGAACUGGUGAAACCUCCAACAUGGACUCUGAAUGGAGUUGCUGUCCAGGAGAGCGCUGAUGUUGAAAUGGAGAAAGAGGGCACUAUGCACCGUCUCACUUUCAAAAAGACCAAAGCAUCCAUGACAGGACCUGUGCAGUUUAGUGCUGGGAAGAGCAAAUCUUUAGCCCAGCUCACAGUUAAAGAGCGUCCGCUUGAGAUUGCAGAGCCCAUCAAAGAUGUGAAGGGGAAGGAGAAAAGCUCAGCCAUUCUCUCCUGCAAAUUCUCAUCCUCUCCUAAAGAGGUUAAAUGGUUCAAAGGUCAGGUACCUCUGGCAGCAUCUGACAAGUAUAACAUGAAGCAAGAUGCUACAAGGGCUCAACUUACCAUUCAAAGGCUGACUGAGGAAGACAGUGGAGAGUACCGCUGUCAGUCUGGACCUGCUGAGACCAAAGGCUCACUUACUGUUGAAGUGCGUGAAAUCAAGAUCACCAAGCACUUGGCUGACACAGAGGUUGAUGAAGACAGCGAUGCAGUGUUCACAUGUGAGAUUAACUAUGUGGAUGAAGAGGUACAGUGGCUUCUGAAUGACAAGGUGCUCUUCACCAAUGAAGUCAACACCAUCGCUCAUGAAGGGAAGGUUCACAAGCUCACACUGAAGAACUUGGCACCUCAGGAUGGGGGGACUAUCACCUUUCAAGUCCGUAAGGUGAAGGAGUCUGUGAAACUUAAGGUCAAAGAGAAGCGCGCUGUGUUCCUCAAGUCUCUAGAUGACGUCAUUGGCGAGGAGAAAGGCAUGAUAACUCUGGCGUGUGAGGCGUCCAAGCCCAGGGUUUCUCCCACAUGGAGAAAAGAAGGUAAAGUCUUGAAGGCUGGACCAAAGUAUGAGCUCCUUCACACAGGCAAGGCUUUGGGACUGAUCAUCAAAGACGUUACCAAAGAAGAUGGUGGAGAGUAUACUUGCGAUCUUGGAACUGAGGUUUCUAAAGCCAAGGUCACUGUGAGAGAGAUUGGCAUUGGAAUUACCAAAUGGCUGAAGUCAGCUGAGGUGAAUGAGGGAGAGACGUGUAGCUUUGAGUGCAUCUUAUCUCGUGAGAGCACAGAAGAGUGUUCCUGGACUCUUAAUGGCCAAACCAUUACAAAUGGAGGUCGCUUUAAAGUCACCACUAAAGGACGCAAGUACAUGCUGAACAUAAAGGAUGUGACUCCUGCUGAUGCUGGAGAGGUGAUCUUCAAUAUUAAAGACCUGAGCUCCAAAACAACCUUAACAGUUGAAGGCAAAGCGUCAUCCGUGUCAAAAGGACUACAGAGUGUCAGUGUUGUUCUAGGUGAAGAUGCUGUGUUUACCUGUGAGGUAACUCAGGCUAGUUCCACUGUAAAGUGGGCCAAGGAAGGCAAAGCCAUCAAAAAGAGCCAGAAGUAUGACAUUAGCCAAGAUGAUAAGGUCAUGAAGCUGACCAUCCAUACUGUGUCUGCUCAAGACUCUGGAGAGUACAGUUGUGAAGUUGUUGGAGGUGCAACUACCAAAGCCAAGCUGGAAAUCAGUGAGCCGAUCCAUAAAUUCACUAAAGCGCUGAAGGACAGCCAAGCAGAGGAGAAAGGCUCCGUGACCUUGCAAUGUGAGACUGCACAAACCCCAUCCACUGUGAUAUGGCUCAAAGGUCACACAGAGCUCGAGGCUGGAGGUCGAUAUGUGAUGUCCCAGAAGGAGGGGGUCUUAACUCUCACUAUCAAACAUCUGGAGGAAAAAGACACCGAUAUCUACACUUGUGACGUGGGCACUGCCAAAAGCAUGGCAAAGGUGACAGUAAAUGCCCUGCCUGCCAGUUUUAAAGAGAAGCUCAAGAACCAAGAGAAACAGCAAGGGGAGACUGUGACACUUUGCUGCAAGUUAUCAAAACCUGCGACUGAUGUUCAGUGGAAGAAGGGCUCUGAAAUUGUCAAAGCUGGAGAGAAGUAUGAGGUGAAGCAGGAGGACACCUCUUGUGAGCUUCAAAUUAAGAAUUUGAAGGUUGAAGAUAGUGGAGACUAUUCUUGCAUGUGUGGAGACCAGAAGACAUCUGCAACUGUGAAAGUCACCGCAUUGCCGCCAACCUUCAAACAGAAGCUGGAGAGUCAGGAGGCUGAGGAGGGAGCCGACAUUACUCUGUACUGUGAACUCUCUGAACCUGGAGUUCCAGUGGAGUGGAAGAAGGGAACACAGGUCCUGAAGUCUGGAGAAAAGUACCAGAUGAAGCAGAAGGCCUCUGUGAAUGAACUCCUGAUCAACAAAGUGUUGCCAGAAGAUAGUGGAGACUACAGCUGUGUGUGUGGAGACCAGAAGACCACAGCUAGCCUCAAGAUCAAGGCCCAACCAGUGACCUUCAAACAGAAGCUGGAGAGCCAGGAGGCUGAGGAGGGAGUCAACAUUACUCUGCGUUGUGAGAUCUCUAAACCUGGAGUUCCAGUGGAGUGGAAGAAGGGAACACAGGUCCUGAAGUCUGGAGAAAAGUACCAGAUGAAGCAGAAGGCCUCUGUGAAUGAACUCCUGAUCAACAAAGUGUUGCCAGAAGACAGUGGGGACUACAGCUGUGUGUGUGGAGACCAGAAGACCAAAGCUAGCCUCAAGAUCAAGGCCCAACCAGUGACCUUCAAAGAGAAGCUGGAGAGCCAGGAGGCUGAGGAGGGAGACAGUGUUACUCUGCGUUGUGAGAUCUCUAAACCUGGAGUCCCAGUGGAGUGGAAGAAGGGAACACAGGUCCUGAAGUCUGGAGAAAAGUACCAGAUGAAGCAGAAGGCCUCUGUGAAUGAACUCCUGAUCAACAAAGUGUUGCCAGAAGACAGUGGGGACUACAGCUGUGUGUGUGGAGACCAGAAGACCAAAGCUAGCCUCAAGAUCAAGGCCCAACCAGUGACCUUCAAACAGAAGCUGGAGAGCCAGGAGGCUGAGGAGGGAGACAGUGUUACUCUGUGUUGUGAGCUCUCUAAACCUGGAGUUCCAGUGGAGUGGAAGAAGGGAACACAGGUCCUGAAGUCUGGAGAAAAGUACCAGAUGAAGCAGAAGGCCUCUGUGAAUGAACUCCUGAUCAACAAAGUGUUGCCAGAAGACAGUGGAGACUACAGCUGUGUGUGUGGAGACCAGAAGACCAAAGCUAGCCUCAAGAUUAAGGCCCAACCAGUGACCUUCAAACAGAAGCUGGAGAGCCAGGAGGCUGAGGAGGGAGACAGUGUUACUCUGCGUUGUGAGAUCUCUAAACCUGGAGUCCCAGUGGAGUGGAGGAAGGGAACACAGGUCCUGAAGUCUGGAGAAAAGUACGAGAUGAAGCAGAAGGCCUCUGUGAAUGAACUCCUGAUCAACAAAGUGUUGCCAGAAGACAGUGGAGACUACAGCUGUGUGUGUGGAGACCAGAAGACCACAGCUAGCCUCAAGAUCAAGGCCCAACCAGUAACCUUCAAACAGAAGCUGGAAAGUCAGGAGGCUGAGGAGGGAGCCAACAUUACUCUGCGUUGUGAGAUCUCUAAACCUGGAGUCCCAGUGGAGUGGAAGAAGGGAACACAGGUCCUGAAGUCUGGAGAAAAGUACCAGAUGAAGCAGAAGGCCUCUGUGAAUGAACUCCUGAUCAACAAAGUGUUGCCAGAAGACAGUGGAGACUACAGCUGUGUGUGUGGAGACCAGAAGACCACAGCUAGCCUCAAGAUCAAGGCCCAACCAGUAACCUUCAAACAGAAGCUGGAAAGUCAGGAGGCUGAGGAGGGAGCCAACAUUACUCUGCGUUGUGAGAUCUCUAAACCUGGAGUCCCAGUGGAGUGGAAGAAGGGAACACAGGUCCUGAAGUCUGGAGAAAAGUACCAGAUGAAGCAGAAGGCCUCUGUGAAUGAACUCCUGAUCAACAAAGUGUUGCCAGAAGACAGUGGAGACUACAGCUGUGUGUGUGGAGACCAGAAGACCAUAGCUAGCCUCAAGAUCAAGGCCCAACCAGUGACCUUCAAACAGAAGCUGGAGAGUAAGGAGGCUGAGGAGGGAGACAGUGUUACUCUGUGUUGUGAGCUCUCUAAACCUGGAGUCCCAGUGGAGUGGAAGAAGGGAACACAGGUCCUGAAGUCUGGAGAAAAGUACCAGAUGAAGCAGAAGGCCUCUGUGAAUGAACUCCUGAUCAACAAAGUGUUGCCAGAAGACAGUGGAGACUACAGCUGUGUGUGUGGAGACCAGAAGACCACAGCUAGCCUCAAGAUCAAGGCUGUGAAGCUGUCAGCUCCUCCUUCAACUACUAAACUGGAAUCUAAGAGGCAGGAGACCAAAGAAACAAUAGAAGCCAAGAAUCCUGAAUCUCCCGCUGUAGCUGCUAAAGACAAAAGCAAGAGGCAAGAGAUAAAUGAGACAGCAGAAGCGGUGGAACUGCCAACUACUGGACAGACUCCUAAACAGCAGGAGCUUCAGAGAGAUGCACGAGAGCCCAGACUGAGAGGUGAAGUUGAAAAGACUGCUACUGGAAUAGUUGCAAAACAAGAUACACAGAGGCAGAUGACCAAAGAGCCAACAGAAGUUCUUCCAGUCAUAGUUAAUCGAGACCUGGAGAGCCAGGAGGCUGAGGAGGGAGGCAGUGUCAUGCUGCACUGUGAGCUUUCUAAACCUGGACUCCACGUCGAGUGGAAGAAGGAAACUCAAGUCCUAACUUGUGGAGAAAAGUACCAAAUGAAACAAACUGGAUUCACUUAUGAGCUACAGAUUUUCGAUUUAAGACCUGGAGACACAGGAAGCUACUCAUGCUGUUCAGAGGACACAAUAAGCUCAGCCUCUCUUGUAGUAAAUGCUGCCCAAAUUAUUUUCACAAAAGAGCUGGGAAGCCAAACGGCUGAUGAGGGGGACAGUGUAACGCUGCACUGUGAGCUUUCUAAACCUGGUGUUCCUUUGGAGUGGAGGAAAGGAGAACUUGGCCUUUGUCCUUGUGCCAAGUAUGAAAUUAGACAAACAGGACACCUUGCUACGCUAAUAAUCCAUGAUGUAGACCCAGAGGAUUCUGGGACUUAUACAUGUGACACUGGUCACCGUCAAAGCACCGCACAACUAGCUGUGAAGGCUCAGCCCGUCCUUUUCAAAACCCAGCUGCAGAACCUUGAAAUAAAUGCAGGGGAGAGUGUUAGUCUUCGCUGUGAGACCACAAAGCCAGGAGCCAGUGUGGUCUGGAGGCAUGGUGACAGGGUGCUGGCAUCCAGCAGCAAGUAUCACCUGAAACAGGAAGGAGCCGUAGUCGAGCUUGUCAUCUAUAAACUGCAGGGAGCUGACUCAGGAGGAUACUCCUGUGAUACAGGCAGCCAGAGGACUUCGGCUGUCCUCACUGUGCAGGAGGUCGAGGUUAACAUACUGAAAUUCUUGGAGAGCUGCGUUGUAUACGAGGGCGAAGAUGUCUGCUUUGAAUGUCUGGUUUCUCAUGAGGAGGCUCCUCUGGCCCAGUGGAAACUCCAGGACGUCCCACUACAGAAUAAUGAAAUGAACUUGAUCAAGACCGAAGGCCGGGUACACAGCCUCACACUCAGAGGUGUCACUGCUGCUGACUCAGGAACUGUCACUUUCACAGUGGGUAGCCACACUUCCACUGCUUCUCUGACAGUCAGAGCUGCACCUGUACUAUUCAACAAGGAGCUAGAAAGCCAAGAGGCCACUGAAGGAGACAAGGCCACCCUGUACUGCGAGACAUCCACCCCUGACUGCAAGGUGACCUGGCUGAAGGGCUCAACCAUACUCACCAAUGGGGAAAAGUACAGUAUGGAGCAGAGAGCUACCAUUCACGCCCUGGUCAUACACAAGCUGAAUGUGAAUGAUAGUGGAGAAUAUACCUGUGAUACAGGGGACAAGAGAAGUACCGCUUCCCUGACUGUGAAAGAGCAUGUGCGCAUCAUCAGAGAACUCUGCGAUAUUACUGUGACCACUGGGCAGGAUGCCGUCUUUGAGGUCGAGUUGUCACACUCCGGCGUGACAAACGGGGAAUGGUGGCUCGGAGACAACCUCCUCCAAAAUAAUGAUCUGAAUCAAAUGAGCAGCCAGGGCAGAGUGCACCGUUUGGUCCUCAAGAUGGUAACCACAGAUGAAUCAGGGGAUGUUGUCUUCGUAGUGGGAGAAGAGAAAAGUGUGGCCUGUCUUCUGGUGGAGGAGAAACCCAAAGUGCUAAUACUAGAGAAGCCACACAACACUGUGGCAUUAGAGGGUGAAACUGUCACGCUGGCCUGCACCAUCUCUGACCCCAAGGCCACUGUUACCUGGAUCAGAAACAAUGUGGCCAUCCAAGCAGGUCUGAAGUAUGACCUGAGGAACAACGGCGCAUCCCACCAGCUUCGUAUCCACAACCUGGUGCCUGACGAUUCAGGAACGUACACCUGUGACACUGGAGAUGUACAGUGUGACGUCACCUUGACAGUGGAAGGUGCCCCAGCGGUCUUCCGCAAAGAGCUCAUUAACCAAGAUGCUGUAGAGGGUGAUGAUAUUAUCCUGCGCUGUGAGCUGUCUAAGCCAGGUGUUCGUGUUGAGUGGAGGAAAGGAGGCAUGAUCCUCCCGCACGGUAAGAAGUAUGAGAUGAGGAAGGAAGGGUGCGUUCAAGAACUCUGUAUACGGAACCUGGAGCCUGAAGACAGUGGCUACUACACCUGUGACGCAGGAGACCAGCUCACUACAGCUUCUUUGGUGGUGCAAGUGAAAGAAGUCUUCAUUGUGUGUGGUCUUAAGACCACCGACGUCUUUGUUGGGGAGUGGGCAACCUUCUCCUGCCAGCUGUCUGGUAGGGCACCUGGCAAGGUGCAGUGGUGGCUGGAUGGCACCUUGCUGGAGAACAGCCCCUUUAGCGAGAUAGGGCUGAGCCAGGGCUACAUCCACACCCUCACCUUAAAAAACCUGGCCACGGAUGACUCUGGCACUGUCACAUUCAAAGCUGGCAGUUUAACAUCAACAGCCAAGCUCUUAGUCAAAGAUCCCACAGUUGAAGUGGUGAGCGAGAUGGAGGACCUUCGGGUGGUCGAAAACCAACCGGCUGAGUUCAUCUGCCAGUACUCAAGGCCGGUCAAGGCUCAGUGGAAGAAAGACGGGCAGCCCUUGCAGCCUGAUGGCCGAAGGGUGGUAGUGGAGCAGGACUGGAAUGUCGCUCGCUUGUGCAUUAGCCAUGUGUCCGCUGAGGACAGGGGCACAUACUCCUGUGAGGCAGGGGGAACCUACGUGGUUGCUUCACUUCAUGUGGAAGUCAAAUCCAUUGACAUUGUCCAGGGCCUGGAGAAUGUAGAAACCUUUGAUGGAGGUGAGGCGCUGUUUGAGUGUGCCCUGUCUCGUCCUGAGAGCAAGGAUUGCCAAUGGCUUCUUGAUGGGAAACCAGUAAAGGAAUCCCCUAAUGCCGAGAUUGUGUCAUUUGAGAGUGGUCGUCGGCAUCUGCUCCUGCUGAAAGAGUUGCAUGUUAAAGACAGUUGCACUGUGAGCUUCAGAGCUGGCACAGCAUCCACAUCUGCCCAACUCUCGGUCAAAGGCUGGCAGCUGGACGUUGUGAAGGGUCUUGAGGACAAGGUGGCUGCAGUGGGAGAGAAGGUUGUGUUUUGUGUUGAGCUAACUGAGCCUGUCCCUGUGGCAGAAGUAGCCUGGUAUGCUAAUGGAGUAGAGAUCAAGUCCAGUGACCUCUGGGCUAUGAGGGCUGAUGGCUGUUCAUAUCGCCUUGUCCUGAGACAGGCACCUCUUUUGCCACAGCAGGAAAUUACAUUUGCUGCUAGAGAUGCUCUCUCUUUGGCCAAGCUCACCAUCAUCACUGUACCUGAUCCUCCAGAGGACCCAGAGGUCCUCAGUAAGACUGAACAUUCUGUCACCCUCUCUUGGUUCACUCCUCUGCAUGAUGGAGGAAGUCCCAUUCUGGGCUACAGGGUGGAGAUGCGGCUGGUAGAUAGUGCCCUCUGGCUUCCAUGUCAUUCUGAACCUGUGUGCAACACGGAGUUUGUGGUUGAAAAUCUCAUUUCAGGGAGUGGCUACAGGUUUAGAGUGGCAGCCAUCAACAGAGCUGGGACUGGAGAGCCUGUUGAGUUGCCUCAGACAGUGCAGCUUGGCAUAGAGGCAAACCAGGUAGAGACUGAGAUACUGGGGCAGCCCAGUCUGCCUCCAGAAGCUGCUGAAGAAGGUGAUGUCCAUGAGCUUUGGGAGGAAUCGGCAAAGAAACGGCGCAUGAGUCGAGAGCCUACUCUUGACUCUAUCUCUGAACAACCUGAGGAGGACGGUAAAGGUGGUAAAAACAAAUCAGGACAGAAGGAGCUGAAGGCAUCAGAGAAAGUGGAAAUAAAAUCAGGAGAGAAGGAGAAAGCCAUUGUGUCUAAGAAGCAGACAGAGUCUAAUUUGUUCACCAGCUCUGAGGAUGAGUCUGUUUCUGGGGGUUCAACGCUUGUAUCGUACCUUAAGAAGAGCAGCAAGUCGACAGUCACAGCGGCCAAUGAGACAGAGACUCUGACCACUGAGAGGUUCUUCGCACAUUUCCAGAUGGCAGAGCAGAGAACAGUGCAGCAGACUGAAGUGAAAGCAACCACAAUUCAGCAGACAGAUGCAAAACAGGUGUCUACAGAGGAGACUAACAUCAUGGAGAUCAGUAAAGAGGAUGAGCCUGAGCUCAGAGAGGCUGCCAUUAAGAUUCAAGCUGCUUUCAAGGGCUAUAAAGCCCGAAAGGACAUGCGCCCUGUCUUUAAAGAGACCUUCAAAGAUCAGACCAAAGAACCUAAUGGCACCAUACAUCUUGAAUGUGUAGCAGAAGGUAAACCUGAUAAGGUGCAGUGGCUGAAGGAUGGAGAACCACUGGCGGAUGGAAAGCACCACCAUAUUGAUAUCUACAAUGAUGGUACUUGCUCACUGGUCAUCACUGCCAUCACCACAAAGGAUACUGGGGUUUACACUUGUGAGGUCACCAACAAGUUUGGAGUCUCUUCUCACAGUGCUAAGGUCACAGUAGGAACGGUGAGAGAAUCAUCUGGGCGACGGCCUCUCACUGUAGGCUACAGUGCCGACAGCGAGGCUGAGAGCUCUUCAGGUAGUGAAAUGGAUGAGUCACUGAGGCAGGCGAGCAGACGUCUCCGUCGCCUCUUGCGUACUAGUCUCCCACCAGAUGUUGAGGAAGAACCAUUUGUCAGCGCAGAUGAAGGUGACCUGCGUCCCCCAGAUCCCCACUCUUACCGGGAGGAUGACAGUUACAUCUACAUUCGCUUUGACUCGUGGGCAGAGGCUGAGGUUGCCUCAAAAAGGUUCCAGGAGAUGUUUACAAUCCAUGGAGUUCCAGUGGAGACCACCAUCUUGGAGGCAGGGCCUCUUAAAGUGGAGCUGCGAAUUAGAAAAAUGGGCUACACACAAGAUGGCACACAGACCCCCACACAAGAUAGACAGCCUCCUGCAUUGCUGACUGGAGCCCCGGCUGCCCCAGUCUUCUUGACAGAGCUACAAAGUCAGGAUGUUCCAGACGGUUAUCCAGUCAGCUUUGACUGUGUUGUGAUUGGCAAGCCCCCUCCCACCAUUCGCUGGUAUAAGGAUGGCAAAUUGCUGGAGGAGAAUGACCAUUACAUGAUCAAUGAAGACCAGGAGGGAUGCCACCAACUCAUCAUUACCACUGUGCUGCCCACUGACAUGGGUGUCUAUCGUUGCACAGCUGAGAACAGCAGCGGCAUCACAGCCACUAAGGCUGAACUCAGGGUUGACAUGUCUUGCAGCUCUGAUUAUGACACUGCUGCUGAUGCCACUGAGACAUCUUCCUAUGUCAGUGCCAAGGGCUACAUGUCCAGGGAAACUGAGACAUUUGAGUCUGUAGCCGAAGAUGAUCAGCUACCACAAGUUGUGGAGGAGCUUCGUGAUGUUCAUGUCAGUCCAGGUUCACCUAUUGCUAAGAUGAAGCUCAAAGUAAAGGGUUUCCCCAAACCCAGAGUAUACUGGUUCAAAGAUGGCCACCCUCUGCGACCUUCAGAAAGGAUUCUGUUGCACUCAGAGAGAGACUUUCAUGGCUUGGACAUCCUGCGGGUGAAGAGAGAGGAUAUGGGGGAGUACUCUGCUUACAUCAGCAAUGUAGCUGGUUCUGCUUACUCGUCCGCCCGACUGAUAGUUCUGAAUCCAGGGGAGAUUAUGCCACAAGAUAAAAGAGACCCCAAAGAGCCCCUGGUACCACCCCGCUUCCUUGAAAGGUUCAGCAACAGGAAGGUGAAACAAGGAGCCAGCAUCACUCUGUCUGUCAGAGUAGAAGGGUCUCCCACUCCUAUGGUCUCCUGGCUAAAGGAGGAAUCAAUGGAAGAUGUCCUAUGGAUCAAGCCAGAUACCAAGGGAUACAAAAUAGCAAGCUCAGGGUGCCAACACAGCCUCAUCUUGAUGGACGUGGGCACAGAAUACACUGGGGCCUACACCUGUAUUGCUACAAAUAGGGCAGGACAGUCCAUCUGCACUGCUCACCUCGAGGUCGAUGACACACCACAACAAAAGAAAGAGACCAAAGCUUCAGAGGUUCUUGGAAUUACAGUUAGUUCUCCAGAAGGUGAGGCCAGCAGAGAGGCUAAAAUACCCUACCUUGGUGAAGUAGGUACAGAGGAAUUCCUCAUGAAACUCACCUCCCAGAUCACUGAAAUGGUAUCAGCAAAAAUUACCCAAGACAGCUUACAGAAUCAUGAAGUGCUCCAGUGGAUGAAAUCUUGGCCCAAAACUACCACUUCAUUACGCGUACCAGGUGUUGACAGUGAUGACGAGACCAAGACCCCUUCUCCAUCACCUCAUCACGGUCGCUCGCAUCCUCCCUCCCUCAUUGCUGACUCCUCCUCUGAGUCUGAUGAGGGGGAUGCUAGGGGAGAGAUGUUUGACAUCUAUGUGGCAACGGCCGACUACAACCCCACCAUGGCAUGCAAAGAAUCCAUCUCUCUAAAGGUGGGACAGUAUGUUGAGGUUUUGGACUCGGCUCAUCCACUUAAAUGGUUAGUCCGGACUAAACCCACCAAAACAACACCAUCCCGCCAAGGCUGGGUCUCACCGGCCUACCUUGACAAGAAACUCAAACUCUCUGCUGAUACAGGUGACCUUCCAGAGACCAGUGUAGAGGAGGUGUCUGAGGGUGAAUACAAGAGGAAAUUAUUCCAACUGAUCCAAGACCUGAUAAGUAGUGAAUCAGAGUUUGUAAAAGAGGUAGACUUCUUUACCUCCCAUCACCUGAAGCAUGCAGAUAGCCCUGAUGCACCGCCUGAUGUCAGCAGCCAGAAGGAUGCCAUAUUCAGGAACAUUGAUGAUAUCAAGUCCUUCCACCACAAGGCAUUCCUCCCAAAAUUGAACGACUGUGAGACAGACGAUGAUGUAGCCAUGUGCUUCCUGAAGAACAAGGAGGGCUUUGAGAAGUACCUCCAGUAUCUUGUUGGUCAAGGUCAGGCUGAAUCUGUUGUCAGUGACAAGGCCGUCCACCACUUCUUCAAGGAGUACAUUGAGAAAGAGCAAGCCAGUGCAGACCCUGCAGACCCCCCUGUACGCAGCAUCAAUGCCUGCCUCCAACAACCACUGGAGAGGAUUCAGAAGUACAAGGCCGUCCUCAAGGAGCUCAUUCGAAACAAGGCAAGAAAUGGUCAGAACUGCUGCCUACUGGAAGAAGCGUAUGCCAUGGUAUCUGCACUCCCUCAGCGCUCUGAGAAUACCCACCACGUCUCCAUGAUCGAGAACUAUCCAGCCACACUGGAAGUAUUAGGAGAGCCAAUAAGACAGGGACCUUUCCAAGUGUGGGAAGGGGCUCCAGGAAUUAGGACAUCCUCUAGAGGUCACCAUCGCCAUGUCUUCCUGUUUAAGAACUACUGUAUAAUCUGCAAACCCAAGAGAGACAGCAACACUGAUACACAAGCAUAUGUCUUUAAGAACAUGAUGAAGCUGAAUAACAUUGAUGUAAAUGAGACAGUUGAGGGUGAUGACCGUGCCUUUGAGAUCUGGCAUGAACGUGAGGACUCUGUGAGGAAAUACACCUUGCAGGCCCGAACUGUUACCAUCAAGAACUCGUGGCUGAGAGACCUCAGAGAACUGCAGCAGCGAUACAGCAUGCCUGCCUGGAGCCCUCCUGACUUUGAUGAAAUCCUGGCAAACUGCACAGCAGAGCUGGGACAGACUGUUAAGCUGGCCUGCAAAGCCACUGGAGUACCCAAACCUGCAAUUACUUGGUACAAGGAUGGACGUACUGUGGAGGCAGAUCCUCAUCACAUCAUCAUUGAGGACCCUGAUGGUUCCUGCACACUGAUCUUGGAUAACAUGACAGCGGAUGAUUCUGGCCAGUACAUGUGCUUUGCCACAAGCCCAGCUGGCAGUGCCAGCACACUCGGCAAGAUAACUGUUCAGGUGCCUCCUCGUUUUGUGAAUAAAAUGAGGAAUGCUACGUUUGUCGCCGGUGAGGACGCUCAGUUCACCUGUGUCAUGCAGAGCGCCCCAAGCCCCAAGAUCAGGUGGUUCAAAGAUGGCAGGCUGCUGACUGACCAGGAAAAGUAUCAGACCUACAGCGAGCUCCGUAGUGGGGUUCUGGUCUUAGUAAUAAAGAACCUGACAGAGAGAGACCUGGGACACUAUGAGUGUGAGUUGUCCAACCGUCUGGGCAGUGCCAAGUGUGCUGCGGAUUUAGUUCCACCCUCUGCUUUGGCUCGCACUGGUGAGCAGGCCAUCACUAUUGAAGUUACUGAGCAGGAGACUAGAAUACCAAAGAAAACCAUCAUCAUUGAGGAGACUAUAACCACUGUGGUGAAGAACCCACGUAUGAGGAGGCACAGGUCCCCUGGCCUGACUGUUGUUGGAGCCCACCGCUCGGAGACCUCCACCCCAGAGCCCCCUGCAGCCAGGCCGAGGAGGAUGCCCACUUCAAGAAAGACCACCAUCCCAACCCUCUACGUCACUGAACCCGACCGUGCUGAAGCCAGAGCAAUGGAGAGCAAACCCAGUUGGGUUGAGGUAGAGGAGGUCAUCGAGUAUAAGGUCAAUAAAUCCCCCAGGCUGCCCAGGAGGAGAGGCAUCUCACCUGCAGGGUCUGAUCGUGCAGCCACUCCCUCCAGACCCAAAAGGUCUCCACCAGAAAACCCAAACGCUAACAAUUCCAACAACAAGCUGGUGGAGCAGGCCCUGCAGGGAGAUGUCAGCAGCCAGCCGCCGUCCUGGGAUGAAGAGGAGAGCAAUGUUACUUCUGACUCUGUCUCUGGAAUCACCGGAGAACCACAUGAGCUCUCAUCUGUCCUUACGGGAGCUGGAGAGGACAGCGAUGACCUGGAUGAUCAACAAACUGUCAUCUUUGAACCUGAUGAUGAAGAUGAUGAUCGUAACUCAUUCGGACUGCCAGAGCCUCAGAUUCUGACCCAAGGAGCCCGAGUCCUGACCCUCGAAGACUUGGAGGACUACGUCCCAGAAGAAGGAGAAACCUAUGGCUCCUCCAGCAUGCACAACCUUGCUGCAGAAAAGCCCUGUGAGAUCUCAGUGCUCCAGAGGGAGAUCGGCGGAUCCACAGUGGGACAGCCGGUGCUCCUCAACGUGGGGCGGCCCGUAGUGGUCCCAAGGCAGAGGAGUGGCUUCUUCGGUCGCUUCAGGGAUCAUCUCUCCAGCAGCCUUUUCUCAUCUGCUGUCCCCCAAGCCAGCGGAGCCCGGUCCAGGACGGAGAGGCACGUGCCCAUCCAAGUGAGCCACGCAAAGCUGGAAGUGAAGCCUUCAUACUGCUCAGAGGUGCAGAGAGUUGAGGGUGGGCAACAGAGCUUUAAAACCAAAGUGUCAACGCAGACCUACGGCUACACAUCAGUGGGCAACCCAGUCACUCUUCAAAUCAGUGAUAACCUUUAUCAGAACCAGUAGUAGCAAUUUGGUACCAUAAACCAUCUUAGUCUUAAAUGGGGACAUUUCUACUUACAUGAUGCAUAAGACAUAUCCUAACCUGAAGUAUAUUUGCUGCAUUUGACAAACCAUUCCAUUUUGAAGCUGCCCAUCAGAAAACAGGCUCUGAGUCUUUUUCUUGCCAAGUGGUUAGAGUCAGAUGGUCUCUUUAGACGAGGCGAGUUGGAAAAUGUAGUUAUAACUAUGUCACUGUAAGUCAGUCCCAAACAGUGGACAGAAACCAAGAAAUUAAGGUUUGACAUUUUACUGAUGAACAAUUUCAACGACUGUUAUUGAGUUGGAAAAAAAAAAAGGAACACAUUUUUAAAAACAAAAUCAUGUUUCCUUCACACAAU